AUGGGAGCUGCAGCCUGGGCGCUGAAGCUCGCCGCGCUCGAGGAGCUUGUGUCCUUCCCGGACCUGGACACAGAGGUGAAGGCGGAAGUGAAGCCUUUGAACUCCGCAGCCAAGCUGCAGGACUUCGCCUGGGCCCAGGGCGCAACGCCUUUGCUCCUGGCAGUGCAGGCGGCCAGCCGAUGCUCAGCAGACCAGGCGGCCGCCAAGGCGGUGCAGCUGCUGCUGAGCCACAGCGCCAACAUCGAGGCGCAGAGCGCCGGCGAGGCCGCGCUGCACGGGGCGGCGCGCAGCGGUCUGCGGGAGGUGGUCAAAGUCCUCCUGGAGGGCCGAGCGGAUCCCAUGGUGCGGAACGCGCAAGGCGCCACGCCCCACGCGCUGGCGCAGCGCGCGGGGCGGGAGUGCGCGGCGCUGCUGGCCGAGGCUGAGAAGCCACAAGAGAGUGCUGCCGCGGAAGCGCUGCUCAACGAGGAGGAAGCGGAGCAAGCGAAGUUGAACAGGGCUCGAGAGAAGCGGCGCGAGAAGAAGAGCCGCCAGCGGGAGAAGGAGAAGCGAGCCAGCACGCCGGAGAAGGAGCCAAAGGCCGCCAAGGCCUUCGUGAUGAGAGCAGCGCCGGAGCCGGAGCUCAGUGGGGAGGGCCUACAGAAGAGGGUGGCGGAGCUGAAGAAGGAGAAGGCUCGGGCGGCGCAGAAGGCCAAGCAUCUGCAGAGGCGUGUGGAGGAGGAGGGCGGCAAGGAGGCCAGCGCCAGCUCGCGGCUGGCGGAGCUGAGGCAGCGCAGCAGCGAACUCCGAAAGAUGCUGCAGGAAAAGAAGGCCAUCACACAGAAGGCCGAGGAGGCUGAGAAGGCCGCCCGGCAUCAGUAUCAAGGCCUUGCCAAGCGCAAAGCACAGCUGCAGCAGGAGGUCGCCCAGCAGAAUGAGCAGCUGAAAGCAGAGGCCGACUCGCCGGGCUUCAGUGGCGCCCAAUUUGGGCGCCAUUCUCCGGCGAGCGGACGGCAAGCGGGCAUGUUCCGCCUGCUCCGGCUGCUGCCGAUGUCGGUCAUGGGGACUCCGCCCUAUGCAGCGGUGCCACCGCUGAGCCGCAGCGCCAGCUUCCAGCUGCGCGACGGAGCGGCCAUGCCGGUGAUGGGCCUCGGAGUUUACAUGUCGCAGCCCGGGGAGGAGACCUACAAUGCGGUGAAGUGGGCCCUCCAGGCAGGGUACAGGAUGAUCGACACGGCCGCCAUCUACGGCAACGAGGAGAGUGUCGGCCAGGCCAUCGCGGACUCGGGGCUUGCGAGAGACGAGAUCUUCCUCACCACGAAGCUCUGGGACGCCGACCACGGCUUCGACGCGGCCCAGGCCGCGCUGGGCGCGAGCCUCCGGAAGCUCCGCGUGGAGUAUCUGGAUCUCUACCUCAUCCACUCGCCCAACACAGGAAAGAUCGUGGAGACUUGGGAUUCUCUGCUGCAGAUGCAGAAAGCGGGGAAGAUCCGCGCGGUUGGCGUGUCCAACUUUGGGGUAAAGCACUUGGAGGCGCUGCAGAAGUUUAAUCGCCCCAUGCCGGUGGUGAAUCAAAUUGAGAUGCACCCCAUGAACUACCAGGAGCGCGUGCCUUUGCUGGACUUUUGCAAGCUACAUGGCAUCCUCGUUCAGGCUUAUGGAUCCAUGUUCUUCGGAAGGUCCGAGUUCCUGGAGCGGCCCGAGGUGGCAGGAGUGGCCCAGGCCAAGGGCGCCAGCAGCGCCCAGGUGCUGCUGCGCUGGGCGUUGCAGAUGGGUUUCCAGGUGAUCCCCAAGAGCGUGAAGAAGCACCGCAUCGAGGAGAACCUCGGGGUCUUCGAUGUGGAGCUCUCCGAGGAGGAGAUGCGCGCGCUCAGCGCGAUGCAGGGCAAGCUGGGUCAAUACUGGCAGCCCUUGGACGCGCCAGUGGAUGUGGGCGACACAUCCAAGCUGGAGCUGUGAGCCACACGUGUGGAUGCCAAAAGAUUUGGCCGACAAC